UGUCUCGGCUCCGGCUACAGCCGCGGCUGAUCUACGGCUCCGGGGGCUAAGGCCACGGCCUCCUGAGGUGGCGGGGGUGUUGGGGACGGCGGCCGCGACCGGCGCCGCCCAUCGGAGCGGGGCAGGCGCUGCGUGGCCGGGAGGCAGCCGAGGAGCCGCCUACAGGAACGGCUUCAGGGCCUAUUUUUGCUUUUUUCGCUCCGAGACCGAUUCCCUCUGCAGAGACCGCGACGCCCCAUCCUGUGUCGGGCCGCGGAGUCCGCCCGGCUGAGAGGUGCCGCCCGUCCGCCGGCUCGAGCGAACCUGGAGCCACCGCCGUGCCCGCCGCGCUUCUCGCGGAGCCUGGGCUGCCGGCGGGGCCUGGGGCCUGGACGUCGGGCGCGGCGCUGCGGCGGCCGCUCCUACCCGCGCCUGGCGCGCUGGGCCCCGGGCCUGGCCCGGCCGAGCGCCGCCCCCUCCUGACCCGCGGCCGCGGGAGUCCGGCCCCCAACAGCCCCUCGGUCCCCGGCCUGCUGCCCGGAUCCCCGCCUCCUGGGCGGAUCUGAGUUAUUUUUUGGUCUCUUCCCCUCCCCCUUGAGAUCGCGGCACCAGAGUGCCGCCGACCCGCCACCUGGGUCAGGGUCCCCCACCGGGGACGCGUCCCUAGUUUCGUUCUUCCCCGCGAGCUCUCCCCGCGCCCCUCUCCUUUCGGUGCUUAAUGGAUGGGGGUUUUGAGUUUUUCCCCUUUAUUUUUGUCGCUUCCUGACCGGGAGGCCAGGCGCGAGGCUCUGCGCCUCUGCGUCCCUCGUCGCCGCCUCACGCCCGCGCGGAUCCCAUCACCUGCCUCCCCGCGGGGCAUGGCCGGCCAGUGACGGCGCCGGGCGGCCCGCGCGUGGACACGGGGCCCUCGCCCAAGCUGUCCCCGAGCCGCAGCCCCCACCCUGAACCCUUCUCUCUCGCGUAUUCCGAGCUCUCUGGAAAGAGGAUACUCCGGGGAAGAUGUGGCUGAAGCUUUUUUUCUUGCUCCUCUAUUUCCUGGUCCUGUUCGUCCUGGCCAGGUUUUUUGAGGCCAUUGUGUGGUAUGAAACUGGCAUCUUUGCCACCCAGCUGGUGGAUCCGGUGGCGCUGAGCUUCAAGAAGCUGAAGACCAUUUUGGAGUGCCGUGGGCUGGGCUACUCAGGGCUGCCGGAGAAGAAGGAUGUCCGGGAGCUGGUGGAAAAGUCAGGUGACUUGAUGGAGGGUGAGCUCUAUUCUGCUCUCAAGGAAGAAGAAGCAUCCGAAUCUGUUUCUAGUACCAAUUUCAGUGGUGAAAUGCACUUCUAUGAGCUUGUAGAAGACACAAAAGAUGGCAUCUGGCUGGUUCAGAUAUUGCAGGAGAAGAGGCUGGGUACGAUCCACACUCAUUAUGUCUGUUCCACAAACAAGUACUUCAAAAGGGAAAGUCAUGCUUAAAGAGUACAGUGGACGCAAGAUUGAAGUAGAGCACAUUUUUAAAUGGAUAACUGCUCAUGCAGCUUCUCGGAUCAAAACCAUUUAUAAUGCUGAACAUUUGAAAGAAGAAUGGAAUAAAAGUGAUCAAUAUUGGUUAAAAAUAUACCUGUUUGCAAACCUUGACCAACCUCCAGCUUUCUUCUCUGCACUAAGUAUAAAGUUUACUGGAAGAGUUGAGUUUAUUUUUGUUAAUGUAGAAAAUUGGGACAAUAAGAGUUAUAUGACAGAUAUUGGCAUAUAUAAUAUGCCAUCAUACAUACUUAGAACUCCUGAAGGAAUUUACAGAUACGGAAACCACACAGGUGAAUUUAUAUCACUUCAGGCCAUGGAUUCAUUUUUGCGCUCAUUACAACCUGAGGUAAAUGAUCUGUUUGUUUUAAGCUUGGUUCUAGUUAAUCUUAUGGCUUGGAUGGACUUAUUUAUUACACAAGGAGCUACCAUAAAGCGAUUUGUGGUUCUCAUAAGCACUUUAGGGACAUAUAAUUCUCUAUUAAUUAUUUCCUGGCUACCUGUAUUGGGCUUUUUACAGCUACCUUACUUAGAUAGCUUUUAUGAAUAUAGCUUAAAAUUGUUGAGAUAUUCCAAUACAACCACACUGGCUUCAUGGGUAAGGGCAGACUGGAUGUUUUACUCUUCACACCCAGCCCUGUUUCUCAGUACAUACCUUGGACAUGGUUUACUAAUUGAUUACUUUGAGAAGAAGAGAAGGCGCAACAACAAUAAUGAUGAAGUCAAUGCCAAUAACUUAGAAUGGCUAUCAAGUCUGUGGGACUGGUACACCAGCUACCUCUUCCACCCGAUUGCUUCUUUUCAGAACUUUCCUGUAGAAUCUGAUUGGGACGAAGACCCUGACUUAUUCUUGGAGCGCUUAGCUUUCCCUGACCUUUGGCUUCACCCUCUAAUACCAACUGAUUAUAUUAAAAAUUUACCCAUGUGGCGAUUUAAAUGUCUUGGAAUCCAGUCUGAAGAGGAAAUGUCAGAGGGGUCUCAAGAUACUGAAAAUGACUCAGAAAAUGAGAACACAGACACUUUUAACAGUGAGAAGGAAGUAUUUGAAGACAAGCAAAGCGUAUUUCACAGUUCUCCAGGAAGAGCAAGUCACUGUGAUGCUGAGGCUUGUUCAUGUGCCAAUAAAUAUUGUCAGACCAGCCCAUAUGAAAGGAAAGGGAGGUCAUAUGGAUCAUAUAACACUAAUGAAGAUAUGGAACCUGAUUGGUUAAUUUGGCCUGCUGAUAUGCUGCACUGUACUGAAUGUGUUGUUUGCCUAGAGAAUUUUGAAAAUGGAUGUUUGUUAAUGGGGUUGCCUUGUGGUCAUGUGUUUCAUCAGAAUUGCAUUGUGAUGUGGUUGGCUGGGGGCCGACAUUGUUGCCCUGUUUGCCGGUGGCCUUCUUAUAAAAAAAAGCAGCCAUAUGCACAACACCAGCCCUUGUCAAAUGAUGUUCCAUCUUAACCAUGUGCAAUUUGUCCUUUAUAAGCUUUGAGUAUCUUACAGCUUGCCUUUUUAAUGUUAGUCACAAUGUUUUUGUGGUUUGAGGUUUAGUUUAAUGUUAGUGCAGUGACAGGAAAUACACAUUAUGCUAAUGUUGAUGACAGAAUUUAUUUGGUUGCCUUGUGUGUCAAUUGAAUGCAUACUUAAUUGUAAAAAUUUUUAUUUACAACUUUGGAAAUUCAGAAGUUAAUGUUUUUUGUAAGCACAAAAGAAGUAUGAUAGAAAUUUAUCCUAGCAAGACUUUACAAGAUAGGAUCAAAUUCUAAUGGAAUUGAGCCGGUUUCUUAUCCUAAAUGUUUUCUCCCUUUUUACAAUCUCUGUCCAGCACCUCUUGGUUAAAUAAUGUAUGCUGUGAGACAUGAAAUUAAAACAGACCUAUGAAAUAAAUUAUUUUAAAACCAGCAGAUUA